GAAUAAUUUUGCUGGACUGAUCAAUCCGUGGUGAAGCCAAGAAACUUAAGACCUGGAUGUGCUCUUCACCACUGACUCUGUAGGCUUGUCACACGAUCCGUUCGAAGCCUAUGCCUGAAGCUGAAGAUGCAUCAUCUUAGCUUCCUGCACCUGCAGUGUCCGCUCCCGAUCCUCGUGCUUCUCCUGCUGUCUGUAUCUGGUACUGGCGCCGCCAUUGGUGAUGGCCAGUUCAUCUACGAUGGUUUCUUUGGUAACGACCUCACCAUGGACGGUGAAGCUUCAGUCAUCGACGGCCUCUUGCGCCUAACCAGCGGGCAGGCGCAGUUCAAAGGUCAUGCUUUCUACACUUACCCUCUCAACUUCACAAGUGCCGUCGUUCCAAGUAGCUCCUCUGCUCCAUCCUUCUCCACAACCUUUGUCUUCGUCAUCAUCGGGCCAUAUCAAGACUUGAGUAGCCAUGGUCUUGCCUUUGUGCUUUCUUCCACCAAGGAUUUUUCUAGCGCCUUGCCUGGCCAGUUCAUGGGCCUUCUCAAUUCCAAUAAUAAUGGUAACCCAUCAAAUCGCCUCCUUGCUAUCGAGCUUGAUACCAUACUCAACACGGAAUUCAGUGACAUCGACGGCAACCACAUCGGGAUCGACGUCAAUAGCCUGGUUUCCAUGGCCUCCCGCACUGCAGGUUACUACACCACUGAUGGCGAGUUUCAUCCUUUGAGCCUUGUCAGUAGAAAACCGAUGCAGGUGUGGGUGGAAUACGACAGCAAGCAUACCAGGGUGAACGUCACCAUAGCGCCUUACUACUUGAGGUCCCCCAAGCCCAAGAGGCCACUGCUCUCGGUGGCAUACAAUCUUUCCUCCGUUUUGGCAGCGACGAGCACCAUGUAUGCCGGGUUUUCCUCAGCGAAUGGCAUCCUUAACUGCAAGCAUUACAUCAUUGGCUGGAGCUUCAAGCUGGACGGAGAAGCUGCACAGCUCGACUACAAAACCAUCCUAGGCCUUGCGCAGAAAAUUGAGGGUCGGCCGAGCAAUUACAAUUACAAGACAAUACUAUGCAUAGUUCUCUUACCAACUGUUACAGUCGCCGUAGUUGUUUGUGCUCUUCUUGUUAAGGUCCAUAUGAAGAGGCGAUUGCAAGCAAGAAAAACUGAACUCGAGUGGGAAAGGGAGUAUGGGCCUCCAUCAUUCACCCACAAAGAUCUAUUGGUUGCCACCAGUGGAUUCAAGGACGAGGUGCUUCUCGGCAGAGGAGGCUUUGGGAGUGUUUACAAGGGAGUGCUGCCCGUCUCCAAGCAGGCAGUUGCAAUUAAGCGCGUGUCACCGGGGUCAAAGCAAGGGAUGAAGGAAUUCCUGGCCGAGAUAGUCAUCCUUGGUCAUCUCGGCCACCGCAAUCUUGUUCAACUGCUUGGUUAUUGUCGCCACAAGCAACAGCUUCUCUUGGUGUAUGACUAUAUGCCCAAUGGAAGCCUGGACUGUUACUUGCAUAAUCAAGAUCACAGCGCCACCAAUAAUCGUCUAUGCUGGGCUCAAAGGUUCCGCAUCAUCGAAGGCGUCGCAUCAGGUCUUUUCUAUCUCCAUGAGCACUGGGAGCAGGUCGUCAUCCACAGGGACAUCAAAACAAGCAAUGUUCUACUCGACGGCGAGAUGAAUGCGAGGUUGGGUGAUUUCGGCCUUGCAAGGUCCCAUGCUCAUGGAGCUGACGCUCACACGACACACAUGGCAGGGACGUGGGGUUACAUCGCCCCAGAGGUGGCAAGGCUUGGCAAGGCAACCAAAGCAACCGACGUGUUCGCAUUCGGCGUCCUGAUGAUGGAGGUCGCCUGUGCAAGGCGGCCAAUAAUCCGGGCCGAUGGAGAGCCUGUUGCCCUGGCGGACUGGGUGCUUGCGGCAUGGCGGCGUGGCUCCAUUACCGACGCCAUCGACCCGAGACUGGGUGACGACUAUGUGGAGGAGGAGAUAGAGCUGGUCCUGAAGCUUGGCCUGCUGUGCUGUCACCCGUCGCCGAACGCCAGGCCUCGGAUGCGCCUUGUCAUGCAGUACCUCCAGAGGGAUGCAGCGCUCCCAACAGACUUGCAACCUGAUACCUUGCUGAUGAUCAGCGUGGAGCCCCUCCUGCAGGAUGAAAUGCAGCAUGCCAUGUCAUGUCCAACCACGGCUAUAACCGAUCUUUCCAGAGGAAGGUGACCCGGCCUCCAUGCGUGCUGUGUUACUUUGCUGCUCUGCCUGCCUCUGUGUCCGGCAGAGUUUCAGUCAAUUUAUCUGGCCUAUGUAUUUAUAUAUCAAAUCAUGUAAUAUUGUCCACUCAAUGUGCAUUGAACCUACCAGAGCAUGUAUUUUCCAUUUGAGAUUAAUUAUCUAUAUAGUAAUAUGAUCUUACGAGCA